AAUUCUUGUUUUUGAAAUCGAGAUAACGUGAAACAAGCUUUUCAACAUGGCGAUAUCCAUUGCUAUUGUUUUGCUAUAAAACUUAAGGAUAUUUUAAAAGUUAAACCAACACAGUGUAAUAAAGAAUGGAUCCUACAGGGGAAUCUGGGGAUGGACAUAUGCACCAAGGUGGCAAGCAAAUGAUGGCUCAAGAUGGCCCUGGGUCACAGAGGGAAGAUGAAUUGGCCUGGAAGGUUGCAAUGCAAAGACAGUUGUUGGAGCAACAGGAGCGUCAUAUGGGACUGAUGGAGCAGCAGCAGCUGGCGUUGUUGGAGGCUCAGAGAACAGAACAACAGCAGAGGAUGAUGGCUGGUCACCCAAUGGGCCCUACAGGAAUGUCAGCCGCUGCGCCCAUGAGGGGUGGAGCAGGCAGCAUGAUCUCCAGAGGUCUUGGAUCCAACCAUCCGGGCAUGAUGCAGUCCUCAGCGUCAUCCCAAAUGAUGGGUGGAGGUGGACCUCACAGCCAGCAGUCCAUGGCCUCAAGUGGGGGUGGAUCUAGUGGCCAGAUGAUGCAGGGACAGAUGGCCCAAGGUGGCCAGAUGAUGCAGGGACAGAUGGCCCAAGGUGGCCAGAUGAUGCAGGGACAGAUGGCACAAGGUGGCCAGAUGAUGCAGGGACAGAUGAACAACCAAAUGAUGCAAGGGCCACCUCACCUCAUGCAAAUGAACCACGGGGGGCCUCAGAUGAUGCAUGGUGGGCCCCAGAUGAUGCAUGGGCAUCCCCAGAUGUCACAAAGUGGAAUGCCACCUCAGAUGUCCCAGGGAGGUCCCCAUAUGAUGGGCCAGGGGGGCCCCAACCAAAUGUUGAUGUCUGAAUUAGAAGAGGAAGGAGAGGAGGAAGAAGAAGACGACCCUGAGCUGGAUGCUAAAGAUGCCAAAUCUAAUACCCAGCCAGCCAACCUGGGCCCUAAAGAGAUGCGCUUGCCCCAGGCCCUGGAGAAGAUGCUGGAGUUCAAAUCCCAGAGAGCCAGUGAGCUGGGUGUAGACUUGGACAGUAUUGACAACAAAGAGGCUGAUGAAAAUAAUGAGAAAAAUGAAGAUGAUGUAGAAGAGGAGGCUGAAGAUGAAGAAAAAGAUGGAGUGAUAGAGGAAGAAUAUGAUGAUGAGAUCAUAACCAAGGACCAGACAAAAGAAUCCAAGAACAAACGCAAGAAGAAAAAGAAGAAGAAGGCCAGGCGCAACAGAUUUGAACAGCAGAAGAAAAUGAAAAAGAAAGACAAAAAAAGCAAAGCCCCUGAUGUGAUUAUAGAGUAUGUCCAGGAGCAGCUUGAGCUUGACCCCACUGACCCCAGCUACCACACAUUUGCCAGAAUCUUUGAGGCAUUUAAGAUCACAGAACCUGAGAAACCCAAGGAAAUGAAAACAGAGGAAAAAGAGGAAAAGAAAGAAGAAGUCCCUAUUAAAGCUAAAGGUUUAAUUGAAGAUGAUGAUGACGAGGAGCCAGGUAAAAUAGAAGAAGAUGGGCCAAAAAUCUCAAAGAAAAAACUGAAGAAAUUAACUAGACUUACAGUAGCUCAACUUAAACAAUUGGUGAAUCGACCUGAUGUUGUAGAGAUGCAUGAUGUCACUGCCAGAGACCCCAGGUUGUUGGUACACUUAAAGGCUACAAGGAACUCAGUACCUGUCCCACGCCACUGGUGCUACAAAAGGAAAUACCUGCAGGGGAAAAGAGGUAUAGAGAAAACACCUUUUGAGCUGCCAGACUUUAUCAAAGCCACAGGGAUAGAGGAGAUGAGAGCUGCCCUCCAGGAGAAGGAGGAUCAGAAGACACUCAAGUCCAAAAUGCGAGAAAAAGUGCGACCAAAGAUGGGAAAGAUUGAUAUUGAUUACCAGAAGCUCCAUGAUGCAUUUUUCAGAUUUCAAACCAAACCCAAAAUGACAAUUCAUGGGGAUCUGUACUACGAGGCUAAAGAGUUUGAAACCAAACUGAGAGAGAAAAAGCCUGGGAACCUCAGUGAUGAUCUCAAAAUGGCCCUGGGAAUGCCAAUUGGAAAUAAUUCUGAGAAAGUUCCCCCACCUUGGCUGAUUGCCAUGCAGAGAUAUGGCCCUCCCCCCUCCUACCCCAACCUGAAAAUACCAGGUCUUAAUGCUCCCAUUCCAGAUGGCUGUAUGUUUGGUUAUCAUGCUGGAGGGUGGGGCAAGCCCCCAGUAGACGAACAUGGCAAACCUCUGUAUGGUGAUGUCUUUGGUACACAGAGCCUAGACUUUAAGAAUGAAGUAGAAGAAGAAGAAAUUGAUAAAACUCAGUGGGGAGAACUGGAGUCAGAGUCAGAAUCUGAAGAAGAGUCAGAGGAGGAGGAGGAAGAAGAUAAGGAUGAGUCAGGUCUCAUUACACCAGCUGAAGGGCUGAUGACACCUGGAGGUAUCACAUCUGUGCCACUUGGCAUGGAAACACCCGACCAGAUAGAGCUGAGGAAGAAAAGAAUUGAGGACGCCAUGGACCAGGGUGGGGACACACCAGCGCUGUACCAGGUCCUGCCUGAGAAAAAGACAACUGUGGGCGGGGCCAUGAUGGGCUCAGCUCAUGUCUACGACAUUUCUGCAGUGCAGAAAAAAGCAGGUGAUAAACCCUCCGCUGAAGCUGUAGAAGUGUCCUUGAACCCUGAGGAGCUGGACCUGGACACAGCAGCCAUGCAGGCCAAGUAUGAGCAGACGGUCAGGGAGCAACAGUCACAGCUAGAGAAGGAGGACCUGAGUGAUAUGGUGGCAGCACAUGCGGCUAAACAAAGGAAAAGAAAAAAAGCGCAGCAGGACACUAGUAAAGGAGCUAAAAAAUACAAGGACUUCAAAUUUUAAAGGAAUAACUUAGACCAACACAUUGAUUUUUGAAAAUGGUUUGAUUGUAAUUCUGGGCCUGAGGGCAAUCCUUGAUGCCAAUAGCACUGAGCCUGUGUUCUAGUAAUCUGUGUGCCCCUGAGGUUAAAUAUUGUUACCUUAUUGGUCAUUUGUUUUAACAAUGCUGGUCUUAUGCCAUGUUAAUGUAUCCAAAUUUCAUUUUGUCAUUAAAACUUUUUACUCAUA